AUGGAAUGGUUGAUCAUUUGUUCAGCUAAAAAAGAUUUAUUAGAAAAUGUUGUUUUAUCGAAAUUUGCUGAAGAUUGGUCAAGAUUAAAGAACAGACGAAUUUCAGACAAUCUUGAAAAUUCACAUUCAUCAAUUAAUGUUUGCAAAGGUGAUCUAAUAAAACAACAGACUGAUGUUAUUGUUGUAUGCUCAUCAUCACAAAAUUUAUUUGACAGUAUUUGUAAAGCUGGUGGGAAUUCAGUGUCGGCUUCAUACAAAUUAGAACUUAGUAAAAUGCCUGAAGCUUCCAUUAUUACUGUUAAGGCUGGUGGACAACUUCUAUCAAAAAGAAUUUAUUUCAUUUCAUGGAAAACAAAUUCUGAUGAAUCAAUUCUUUGUAAAUCGAUGGAAAAAUUUGUUUCAGACGCAUUAGACAAAGCAGUAGAACAAAACUAUCGAAGUAUCGCAUUUCCAGCUAUUGGUUGUGGCCUAUUGAAGUGUUCAGUCAGUCUCAUUGCACGCACAAUGGUUGAAGAAGUUUAUCGAAAAUUACAAAGACAUUCCAUAUCGGUUUUAUUUGUAAUACAACCAGAAAAAAAAGAUGUCUAUGAUGAAUUCCAAAAGCAAAUUCAAUUAUUAGAGUCAAUAUUGCCAUCUAAUAAAUUACGAAAAAUAUGUGCAACAUUUGAUAAAGGAACAAUCGAAGUUGUAAUGGGAGAUAUAACAAUGCAAAAAGUGGAUGUUAUUAUUGGUAGUUCAUCAUCAGCAUUCUUAAGAGAAGUAAUAAUUAAGGCAGCUGGUAAUGACAUUCAAAAAGCAUACGAUUUCGAAUCAAAAACUCAUCCAAAUUCUAUAUUAAUUGCAACACCAUCAGGAAUUUUACCUUGUAAACAAAUAUUUUUUGUCAAAUGGGAACCUGAUAGUAAUGAAAAAGUACUUGAACAAUCCCUUGUUGAUCUUAUAUCUACUGUCGUGCAAAAUGUUAAAUCAUAUAAAUUUACAUCGAUUGCACUUCCAGCUAUUGGAUGUGGAAAACACGGUUGUUCAAUCGAUAUUGUAGUUAAAACGAUGAUACUAGAAAUGAAAAAACAUCUUAUAACAAAAAAAUUACCUUGGACAGUAAAAUUUGUGAUAGAACUUGAUCAAAAAAAUAUUUAUAAUGAAUUUUGUAAACAAGUAUUAACAACACAAGAUGGUUUUCAUGAACCCAAGACUUAUCACUUGCCAAUAACAUGGGAAAAAUCAAUAGAACAUAAAAUUCGUUUCAAAUUGACUAUCACUACAGAUGAAUAUCGAUUCAUUGUUUCGAAUUUUGAUCAGACAAUGAAAGAAAAAUAUACACAAAUAAUUAAAAUUGAACGAAUUCAAAAUGAACGAUGGUAUAUGCAAUAUAUAGCACAUAAGGAAGAUUUUGAAAGACGUCUUAAGAAGAAUACGGAAAAAAGUUUAUAUCACGGUUGUCCUGAACAAGCUGCUAAUUUAAUUAUUGAAGAUUGUUUUAAUAGAAGUUUUGCUGGAAAGAAUGGAACUUUGUAUGGUUUUGGUGUUUAUUUUUCAUCGAAUGCAGCUUAUAGUCAUGGAUAUACUAGCCUAAAUACAAGCGGAGAACGAUGCAUGUUUAUAGCAAGAGUUUUGAUAGGAAAUACCACAGUAGGGAAUAGUUCGAUGAAAACUCGACCACUUGGAUUUGAUUCAACUACGGAUGGAAAUCAUAUUUUUGUUACAUAUCAUGAUGCGCAAGCAUUAGCCGAAUAUUUGAUUACAUACAAAUGA